CAGGACAUAAUGUUUGUUUUGCGUAGGGUAAGGCAGGUGCGGGUUAUUAGGCCUAAGUAACGUAAAUUCAAUUAAUAAUGGUCGCCGGCGGCAAUAUCACAUCAGCAGCCAGCAAUCAUUGAUAGAUGGCGAGUUAGAUCUCACAUUGGUAUCGGUAUCAGAGUGGUAUCAAAUGCUGAAAGUCAUAUCAUGAGCAGUGCGUUGGCUUGUCAGCUAAUGAUGCAGUUAGUUAUGAGUGACCUGAAGGCUGACGAAAUUGAAAAAGUUUAACAAAGAUUUCGUGACAAAUAUUGCGAUCACAUAAUCUUCACGGGAUGGAAGUGGUGGUUCUUAUCUGGCAUCAAACUUCCGGCGCAUCGGCCAGAAUAUAAAUGACGUCUUGGGAGAACCACCCUCAGUGUUUCUUCUUCUCUAAUCAGAAUGAAUGUGCUUAACUUACCUGUCGUCUGGACGUUGGUAUUUGCGUCCCUUUUCUGUUUGAUGGAAUGCCAAUUGGGCGGAAAUACCUAUGUGGAUAAACAACUGUUAUGUGCAUUGGACAAGGGACCGUGCGACAGGUUGGGUAGACAAGUGAAAGAUUCCCUACCUGAGAUAAUUGGUAAUCAGUGUCAGAAUUGCACCCCUCAACAACUGGCAAAUGCUCGAAGAAUUGCUGCCUAUGUACAAUCAAAAUACCCGUAUGUUUGGAACGAGUUGGUCGACAAGUAUGGAAGGAAACAGCGAUAACUAUAUUCUCUUAGCUAAUGAGAUAUUUAUUUACCUUACUUAAUUUUUAGUGAAAUAUUAAAAGUAUAUUUUGAUAA